UGAAAAAACAAAGAGAAAUCGUUCAACUCUUGCCUAAUUCAUAUCUACGCAGAAAAAGAUCUUAAAAUGUUUCAAAUAAUUUUGUUAAUAUUGAUGGUUGUUAGUUGUAGUAAUUCUAAUUAUGUAGGUACCAUGCAAAUCAGAGAUUUCGUUUUAAACAAAUGUACCAACAGCGGAAACGAUCCAAUCUCAGUAAACAAUUUUACGAUUGAAUUCGGGAAUCAUUUAGUGCCUAUUGUUAGUGGGACUUUUUCAACAAGUGUUGAUUUAAAUUCUCCAAUAGAAGUUUCUAUAGAUGUUAAAAGAAAAGUAAUAUUUUGGAUAGAAGUACCCUGCGUUGAUAACCUGGGAUCGUGCACAUACAAAGAUGUUUGCAUCUUUGGAAUUGCCAAAAACAAACCGUGUCCUCCGAUUUUAAACGAUAAUAAAGUUCCUUGUCGUUGUCCCAUUAAAAAGGGUACUUACAUCAUCCCAGAAUCAAUUGGAUCAUUUUUAGAAAAUACUGCGAUAUACAGUGGUUAUUAUAAAGGAAAUGUCAUUAUUAAAAAUGAUAAACAAAGAUUAGGAUGUUAUGAUAUGACUUUUGAGUUGUAUAACUCUUAAAGUUUUAGUAUUUAUUUUAUUAUACUAAAAUUUAUUAUUGUAGUAUAA